UCCCUGGUCCAGUCCAGGAAAGCAGGAAUCACAUCUGCACUGGCCUCGAGCACCUUGAACAAUGAGGAGCUGAAAAACCAUGUUUACAAGAAGACCCUGCAAGCCUUAGUGUACCCCAUCUCCUGCACCACACCCCACAACUUUGAGGUGUGGACAGCCACCACCCCAACCUACUGCUACGAGUGUGAGGGGCUGCUGUGGGGCAUCGCCCGGCAGGGCAUGCGCUGUGCUGAGUGUGGUGUCAAGUGCCACGAGAAGUGCCAGGACCUGCUCAACGCUGACUGCCUGCAGAGAGCAGCAGAGAAGAGCUCCAAGCAUGGAGCAGAGGACAGGACCCAAAAUAUCAUCAUGGUGCUGAAGGACCGCAUGAAGAUCCGUGAGCGCAACAAGCCAGAGAUAUUUGAGCUGAUCCAGGAGGUGUUUGGGGUCACCAAGACCACACACACACAGCAGAUGAAGGCAGUGAAGCAGAGUGUCCUGGAUGGCACCUCCAAAUGGUCAGCCAAGAUCAGCAUCACGGUGGUUUGUGCCCAGGGUCUGCAAGCCAAGGAUAAGACAGGUUCCAGUGACCCCUAUGUCACUGUCCAGGUUGGAAAGACCAAAAAAAGGACUAAAACUAUCUACGGCAAUCUCAACCCAGUCUGGGAGGAGAAUUUCCACUUCGAGUGCCAUAACUCCUCCGACCGCAUCAAGGUCCGAGUGUGGGACGAAGAUGAUGACAUCAAGUCCCGUGUCAAGCAGCGCUUCAAGAGGGAAUCUGAUGAUUUCCUGGACAAGCGGACAGACAAGUCAGCUGUGUCAGGAGCCAUCCGGCUGCACAUCAGUGUGGAGAUCAAAGGAGAGGAGAAGGUGGCUCCCUACCACGUUCAGUACACCUGCCUGCACGAGAACCUGUUCCACUUCGUGACGGACCUGCAAAACAAUGGGGUGGUGAAGAUCCCUGAUGCCAAGGGGGAUGAUGCCUGGAAGGUGUACUUUGAUGAAACUGCGCAGGAGAUUGUGGACGAGUUUGCUAUGCGCUAUGGAGUGGAGUCCAUCUAUCAGGCCAUGACGCAUUUUGCUUGCCUCUCCUCCAAGUACAUGUGCCCAGGGGUGCCAGCAGUGAUGAGCACCCUGCUUGCCAACAUCAAUGCCUACUAUGCCCACACCACUGCCUCCACCAAUGUCAAUGCCUCCGACCGCUUUGCCGCCUCCAAUUUCGGG